UCAUGUCGAGUACGGAAUUCACACCAGAGCAUCUCAAAGAGAUAUAUGAGUUUGCGGUGCAGCUGGCCAAGGAUGCGGGACGCAUGUUGAUGGACGGUGUGGAGGCCAGAUGCGGCAACGACACUGUUGCUGGCGUGCAGCAGGAACAGGUCGAGAAGGACAGUUCUGUGGAUAUUGUCACGCAGACUGAUGAGGCCUUUGUCAAAGAGCAAAUCACAAAAAAGUAUCCCAGUCACGACUUCAUUGGCGAAGAAACAUACUCCAAAGGCGCCUCGAAAGACUACCUCAUCACCACAGCACCAACCUGGUGUGUCGACCCCCUGGAUGGAACCGUAAACUACACACACCUUUUCCCCAUGUUUUGCGUCUCCAUUGCCUUUAUCCUGGACUCCAAACCCACCAUCGGUGUCAUCUAUGCCNCGUUCCUCAACCAAGUCUUUUCCGCUUGCAAAGGUCAGGGAGCUUGGUUGAAUGAGACUAGACGUCUUCCGCUGGUGAGAAAUCCAGUGCCUCCGAUGCCUGAGCAGGCACCCAAGGGAUGUGUGUUUAGCUGCGAGUGGGGAAAGGAUAGAAGGGAUGUGGAAGACGGUAAUCUGUACAGGAAGAUUGAGAGUUUUUUGAACAUGGCGGGGGAGCUUGGGGGAAGAGGGNGUAAGGGUGGUAUGGUGCAUGGCGUGAGAAGUCUUGGAAGUGCAACCCUCGAUCUCGCAUACGUGGCCAUGGGUUCCUUCGAUAUCUGGUGGGAAGGCGGGUGCUGGGAAUGGGAUGUAGCAGCCGGCAUCUGUUUACUCCAAGAAGCAGGUGGACUGGUCACUACUGCAAAUCCUCCUGAAGACCCUGCUACAGCGGCGAUCGGAGAUGUGAGGUUGGGGAGUCGACUAUAUCUCGCCAUCAGACCUGCUGGCCCUUCUGCAACAGAGACAGGCAGACAGAGCCAGGAGAGAGUGGUUAGAGAGGUUUGGAAGAGAGUUAGACAUUUGGAGUACUCGAGGCCCGGUGCA